AUGGCCAAACGCCGCGUCAAGAAGCGCACACACGUCGGCGCCUCCAUUGCGCCGGGCGUCAAGUCCAACCAUGCCGCGACCUCCAAGGCCGGCACGCGUCCGCCCAAGUCAAUGGUCAUCCGCGUCGGCGCCAGCGAUGUGGGUCCCUCGGUCUCCCAACUCGUCAAAGAUGUCCGCACCAUGAUGGAACCAGAUACGGCCUCGAGAUUGAAGGAGCGUCGGAGUAACAAGCUCCGCGAUUACACCGCAAUGGCCGGUCCGCUGGGAGUCACACAUCUGAUGCUCUUCAGUCGCAGCAGCACCGGGAACACCAAUCUCCGUCUGGCAUUGACACCGAGAGGUCCAACGCUACAUUUCAGAGUGGAAAAGUACAGUUUGUGCAAGGACGUUUUCCACAGUAUGAAGAGGCCGAAGACGAGCGGGACAGAGAAUUUGUCACCGCCCUUGUUGGUCAUGAACAACUUCACCACCAAGGACAUGGAGGGCGAGGAGAAAGACAAGAAGAAGAUCCCGAAACAUUUGGAGAGUCUGACGACCAGCAUCUUCCAAUCGCUCUUCCCGCCGAUAAACCCCGCCACAAUGCCGCUGAAAGGCAUCAAGCGUGUGAUGCUGCUGGAUCGCGAACCUCAAGACCCGAAAGAUGAUGCUGCGACUUAUGUACUAAAUCUGAGACAUUAUGCGAUUGAGACGAGGACUGCAAAGAGUGUGCCCAAACCGUUGAGGAAAUUGGAUGCUGCGGAGAAGGCGCCGUUGCAUGCGGGCCAAAAGCGAAAGAGAGGCAAUCUUCCAAAUCUUGGAAAGUUGAACGAUGUCGCGGACUACCUCCUCGAUCCCCAUGCUGCAGACGGCUUCACCAGCGGAAGCGACAGUGAGCCAGACACAGAUGCCGAAGUGGAGAUUGACAUGCCACAUGCGAGAAAGGUGCGUAGGACAAAAGCCUCGGGAGGCGAGAAGAAGGACGGCGUGUUGCGAAAGGCAGUGAAGAUGCACGAACUUGGCCCACGAUUACGUCUGCGGUUGACGAAAGUCGAAGAGGGAGUAUGCAAUGGAAAAGUUAUGUGGCACGAAUACAUCCAUAAAACGAAGGAGGAGAUGAAGGAAAUGGAAAAGGCACAUGAGAAGAAGAGAUUGGAGAGGGAUCGCAGGAGGGCGGAGCAAAAGGCUAAUGUUGAGAGGAAGAAGAAGGAGAAGAAACCCGCUGCAAAGGAGGGCGAGGAGGAGGAAGAUGAGGACGAGGUUAUUCCUGCGGACUCGGAUGAUGAGUGGGAUGACGAGGAGGGGUUGUAUAAUGAUGACGAAGAGGAUGCUGCUGGGCAAGGAGCGGAGGAGGAUAGCGAUGAGGAGAUGGAGGAUGGAAGCGAGGUUGGUUAG